GGUUGAUUAAUGGAAAAAAUGAAUAACACGAGUGAAUUGGUUUAUAGAUUAAAAAUGAUAGAAUUAAAAUGUAGGAAUCCAAAUGAGAAAAAGUUUAAAUGUAUUCACUAAAAUUGCAUUUACGUUAAAAAAGAAAUUAUAUUUAUUAAUUAAACAGUUUUUUUUUUUUUUUAAUUGCAAGUAAGAUUCCGCGCCAGAAAUAACAGAAGCCGAUACAUUGUCAAGCGUUUUUAUCUAUCUUUUCAAACUUUUAAUGUAAAACUUAAGAAAGUCUAAACUUGAGCUAUCUGUGAGCUCCAAAAUGCAAAUUUCCAUGCCAAUACGAACCCCAUCAUUGGUUUCAAGACGAAGACUUUUGGAAGAGAAGCUCAUAGGCCUCCACAAGUGGACCGACCUCAAACAAGUUAAGCAAGUCCACGCCCAGAUUCUCAAAGCCAAUCUCCUCCAGGACCUCUCCGUAGCACCCAAGCUUAUAGCUGCUUUUUCUUUAUGCCACGAAAUCGCGUUGGCAGUCAAUGUUUUCAAUCAAAUCCAACAACCCAAUGUGCAUUUGUACAAUACUUUGAUCAGAGCCCAUGUUCGCAACUCUCAGCCUUCACAGGCCUUUGCAACUUUCUUUGAAAUGCAGAGUAAAGGGGUUUAUCCUGAUAAUUUCACAUACCCAUUUCUUCUUAAAGCCUGUUCUGGCCACUCUUUGUAUCCUAUGGUCCAAAUGAUUCAUACCCAUAUUGAAAAGUUUGGUUUUUGUUCGGAUAUUUUUGUGCCCAAUUCGCUUAUUGACAGCUAUUCCAAGUGCGGAUCCUUUGGGGUUAAUGUGGCGAGGAAGUUGUUUAUGGUGAUGGGACAGAGAGAUGUUGUGUCUUGGAAUUCUAUGAUUAGUGGUUUGGUGAAAGCGGGUGAGUUGGGGGAGGCUCGCCACUUGUUUGACGAAAUGCCGGAAAGGGAUACUGUUAGUUGGAAUACAAUAUUGGAUGGGUAUGUGAAGGCUGGAGAAAUGAACAAGGCAUUUGAAUUGUUUGAGAAGAUGCCUGACAGGAAUGUUGUGUCUUGGUCAACUGUGGUUUCGGGUUAUUGUAAAGCAGGGGAUAUGGAUAUGGCAAGAAUGUUGUUUGAUAAGAUGGCUGUCAAGAACAUAGUUCCUUGGACUAUAAUUAUAUCUGGGUAUGCUGAAAAGGGGAUGACAAAGGAGGCAAUUAGCUUGUAUGAUAAAAUGGAGGAGGCUGGGUUGAGGCCUGAUGAUGGGGCUGUCAUUAGUAUUUUGGCUGCUUGUGCCGAGUCUGGUUUGCUUGGAUUGGGUGAGAAAGUUCAUGCCUCUAUUAAGAGAACUAAAUUUAAGUGUAGGACUUCAGUGUCAAAUGCAUUAGUUGAUAUGUAUGCAAAGUGUGCUUGCUUAGACAAGGCAUAUAGUGUCUUUGAUGGUAUGGCUAGGAGAGAUGCAGUAUCUUGGAAUGCCAUGCUCCAAGGGUUAGCCAUGCAUGGGCAUGGUGAGAAGGCACUUCAGCUUUUUUCUAGAAUGAAUGAAGAAGGUUUUGCGCCAGAUAAAGUUAGCUUCAUUAGCAUCUUAUGUGCUUGUAGCCAUGCUGGCUUUGUUGAGGAAGGCCUUCAAUACUUCUACACAAUGGAGAGAGACUAUGGGAUUAUUCCUGAAGUUGAGCAUUAUGGUUGUGUGAUUGACUUAUUAGGUCGUGGGGGGCGUCUUAAAGAAGCUUUUAGACUUGUGCAAAGCAUGCCAAUGGAAUCAAAUGCCAUUAUUUGGGGAACCCUUUUGGGUGCAUGCCGAAUGCAUAAUGCUGUGGAUCUUGCUGGGGAGGUUGUGGAUCAUUUAAUUAAAUUAGAACCAUCGGAUGUAGGGAAUUUUUCCAUGUUGUCAAAUAUUUAUGCUGCAGCUGGAGAUUGGGACAGUGUUUCCAAUGUAAGGCUGCAAAUGAGAAGAAUCGGAAUCCAAAAACCAUCAGGGUCUAGUUCUAUAGAGGUUGAUGAGGAGGUGCAUGAAUUCACAGUAUUUGAUAAAUCACACCCUAAAUCAGAUAAAAUAUAUGAGAUGAUUGACAGAUUGGUACAGGAUCUUAAGCAGGUAGGAUAUGUGCCAAAAGCAUAUCAAUAGAAGUGCAGAUAAUGGUUCAGGCUAUGGAUGGAGAGCACCAGUUUGCAAAUUUGGUAUGAGGAUAUUCCACAACUCACAAGCAUGUACAUAAUAUGAAAACACUAGGGGAAAAAGACAAUUGCAGGGGGACCUUAUAGGAAGACACAAAAAGGAGAUUGAGAUGCUCUCCAUUGCAAGCUAUGUUUGUAAUUUGUACUGACUUGACCCUUUGAAGAAAAGAAGUGAAUGGAGUUGUUCAACUGGAACUAGUAAGAGUAGUUUCUAGAUGCACUUUGGCAAUUGAAAGUUACGUUCACUUGACAUUCUUCAAGAUUCUAACAAGUAAAUGCAAUUAAUCAUGCAGGACAAUGUUACUUUUGUUUGGCCAUGGAACUAAAAAUUUCCUCUAAGCUUCUAGAAUCAUUCUUUUAGAUCAUUCUCACAAUACAGUAUAUGAGAUAGCUGUUUUGCUGCUUGAGUUUGAGGUUUUUGAUAUUAUAAGAUGUCCUUGAGACAUUACUCAAUUAGAUAAAAUUAGGAACUGCAUUGUCUGGUGCUAGUUUAUCCAUGAAAAUUAAUGAACUUGUGUCAGAGACAAUGCUGCAUCGUCUGGUGCUACUAGUUUAGCAUUUAAUUGAGCAAAUAUUGUCUUGACACUUUCAAUUAUAGCUUUUCUGUUGGUUUAAUAUCUCUUGCAUUAGCAUAGAACAUUAUGACUCCUUGUUAAAUGUCUCAUUUCCUGUGUAACUUCUUCCCUUAAAAUUUGGAAAUUUUGCACAGAGCGGUUCAAGGUGAAAGGUAGAGCCACGAGAUAAGGAAGCAGAAAAGUCAAUUGUUAGGAGGAAAUGAGCCCACAUGGGUGCACCCUAUCUGAUCCGAGUUCUGUAGUUUUUUUUUUU